AUGUCGACCAUGCCAGCUCAGCACGGCCACUCCGAGGCCUGUUGCAACCUCCCGCCCGUGGUCUCCAAGGGCUACGAAGGGAAGGGCGUCUACGAGGAGCUUGGCGGUUACAAUUCUUACGUGACCGGCCCCAAGGAUGCUACCCGAGGCAUUAUCUCUAUCAUGGAUAUCUUCGGCUUCUUCCCCCAGACUCUGCAAGGCGCUGAUAUCUUGGCUACCUCGGACAAGGACAACAAGUACAAGGUGUUCAUGCCCGAUUGGUUCAAGGGCGAGGCGUGCCCUAUUGAAUGGUUUCCUCCUGACAACGAGGACAAGCAGAAGAAGCUCGGCAGUUUCUUCGAGAAGCAUACGCCCCCGAGCGUCGCCAAGCAAGUCCCCGACUACUUCAAGGCCGUUGCGGCCAAGUACCCCGAAAUCACUACGUGGGGAAUCAUGGGCUUCUGCUGGGGCGGCAAAAUCGUCUCCCUCGUCACCUCCUCGGAUGACAACCCCUUCAAGGCGGCCGUCGAAUGCCACCCAGCUAUGGUUGACCCCUCCGAGGCCGAAAAGAUCAAGGUCCCGCUGCUCAUGCUGGCCUCCAAGGACGAGCCAGUCGAGGACGUCAAGAAAUUUGAGCAAAACCUCACUGGCCCCAAGCAAGUUGAAACCUUUGACGACCAGAUCCACGGAUGGAUGGCUGCGCGAUCGAACUUGGAGGACUCUCGAGUCAAGGAGGAGUACAGUCGCGGUUAUGAGACGGUGUUGAAGUUCUUUGCUAAGUAUGUGUAA